GAAGAAAAAAAAAUCAAGCAGUGUGUGUUAUGGGAGAGGAUUAAACAAGUGUGUUAAAGAGUAAAGAACAACGACAGCGUUUCAUUCUGGAAUUAAGAUCAUUUAAAAAGAGGAAGCACCAGAUUUGACCGUCUUACAAGAAUCUUUCCAGGGAUUUGAUCUAGACUCCUAAAAGCACAACCCCGCCACCUUCAUGUCCUGUCUCUCGUCAUUACUGAGUCAAAAGAGCCUGUCUCCUGUGAGCGUGCCACGUCUUUACUGAGAUCUCUCAACCCACCACUACAUUUUCCCAUCCCUUCGGAGCUACCAACAGCCUCAGGCCGUACUGCUUUGCUGGUUGGCAACUCUUCUUGCCCCGAGCCAGGAUGAAUGAUGUUCAGGAGGCCACCUCCCCUGCGACCAGCCUCAGCGGUCCAGCUACCUGCGUCUCCAAAGUAGAGCUGCGUGUGUCUUGCAAAGCUCUGCUGGACCGAGAUACGCUGAAUAAGUCAGACCCCUGUGUCAUACUCAUGGUACAGACCAACGGACAGUGGACAGAGCUGGACAGGACAGAAGUGAUCAAGAGCAACUUGCACCCGGUCUUUGCCAAGGUUUUCUCAUGGGACUACUACUUUGAGGAGGUUCAGAAGCUGCGAUUUGAAGUCUAUGACAUCCAUGGCACUCACAGCAUUGGGACCCGCGAUGAUGACUUCCUGGGUGGGGUGGAGUGCACUCUUGGCCAGAUUGUGGCCCAAAAGAAGAUGGUGAAGCCUUUGUUGCUUAAGUAUGGGAAAUAUGCCGGCAAAUCCACCAUCACGGUGCACGCUGAGGAAAUUUCUGGCAACAACGGGUAUGUGGAGCUCUCCUUCUGUGCCAAGAAGCUUGAUGAUAAGGAUCUCUUCAGCAAGUCAGACCCAUUUUUGGAAAUAUACCGAAUCAAUGAUGAUGAAACCGAACAGCUUGUGCACAGAACUGAGGUGAUUAAAAACAAUCUGAAUCCUGUGUGGGAGCCUUUCAAAGUGUCUCUCAUAUCCCUGUGCAGCUGUGAUGAGGAGCGGAAGCUCAAGUGCCUAGUGUGGGAUUAUGACUCCAGGGGGAAGCACGACUUCAUUGGCGAGUUCUACGCCACUUUCAGGGAAAUGCAGAAAAUUUCCAGUGGAAAUAAGGUGACGUGGGAUUGUGUGAAUCCCAAGUACAAACAGAAGAAGAGAAACUAUAAAAAUUCAGGAGUUGUCAUCCUCAGUGACCUUAAGCUCCACAGAGUGUACUCCUUCUUAGAUUACAUCAUGGGAGGAUGCCAGAUUCACUUUACGGUUGCCAUUGACUUCACAGCCUCCAAUGGAGACCCCAGGAACAGCUGCUCAUUGCACUACAUCAACCCGUACCAGCCCAACGAGUACCUGAAGGCUCUGAUAGCAGUGGGGGAGAUCUGUCAAGACUAUGAUAGUGACAAAAGAUUUUCAGCUUUGGGGUUUGGUGCCAGAAUCCCUCCAAAUUAUGAGGUGUCUCAUGACUUUGCCAUUAAUUUCAACCCAGAGGAUGAUGAAUGUGAAGAGAUCCAAGGAGUGGUUGAGGCAUACCAGAACUGCCUUCCUAAGAUCCAAUUGUAUGGCCCAACCAAUGUUUCUCCCAUCAUUAACAGGAUAGCCAAGCUGGCAGCAGGAGACGGCAACAUUAAAGAUGCUUCUCGAUACCACAUCCUGCUCAUCCUCACGGAUGGUGUAGUGACAGACAUGGCAGACACGCGUGAAGCUAUUGUACGGGCCUCCUACCAACCUCUCUCCAUAAUCAUUGUUGGUGUGGGCAAUGCAGACUUCACAGACAUGCAGAUUUUGGAUGGAGAUGAUGGAGUCCUACGCUCACCAAAGGGCGAGCCGGUCCUCAGGGACAUUGUGCAGUUCGUGCCCUUCAGAGACUUCAAAACGGCAUCACCUUCAGCCCUGGCCAAAUGUGUUCUGGCAGAGGUGCCCAAGCAAGUAGUAGAGUACUACAGCCAUAAGGCCAUCUCCCCUAUGUGUCCUGUGAGGGACUCAUCGACCCCCAUCCUCAGCCCAGUUGCCACCACCCCAACAGAAUAACCACCCACCCUGUUGCUGAGACUGAGCUUUGACCACAGCACCGGUCCAGCAAACUGAGAGGGAGAAAAGACGCAAGCCUCGCAAUUUUGGACAAGGACUGAAUAGAAAAUCUUUCGAAAUGUGUUGUUACUCAUUUAUUUAAUUUUUCACUGCUAUCAAAGUGUUUACACAUGGACAGUACGACAGAGACUGUGGGUUUUUUAUUUCUCUGCUCAGUGUGUAUCCAGCACUUCUCCCUGGUUGUCCCUGUGCAAAUUGACCAUCCAGCUGUUUCAGCAUCAUGAGUCCUGGAGGAUUGUUUUUUUCUCUCCUAAUUUUUAUGCAUGCAGGCCAAUGACUUUCAGCAUCUCAACUGUCUAUUAUGUUACUGUUUUCCUUAUGUCAUAUCUUCAGAUAAUUUUCAAGUUGUACUAUACUAUACUAUAGUAGUACUAUAUGUUGCAAUCAAAAUUAGAUUGCUCAACUUGAACAUACUGACAAUAUUUAGAGGUUACAAAUGACUCACAGGAGGUAUAAAGAAGAUGCUGCAUUCAGACCCGUUAUUAUUAUUACAUUGAUCUUCCCUCAUAUACUUAAGUCUGUCUGGGUGCAGGAUUGGCUGUAUUUUGAUUCUCAAUUACAAAUCAGCCUACCUAUUAUUUGACAUUGGAACAGACUAGUGGCAAAUCAUUAAUGCUUCAUUUUUCUAGUAAAAUAUAAAUUAACUACUAGAAUCUAUUGCUAAAAUUAAAAGCUCUGUUCCAAAGUGCACCAGCCAUUCGCAACAAACCAAAAAAUGUCCCGUCUGUAACAGCAUGAACUGUGAAUAACACCAUCCCUACCUAGCCAAUAAAAAAGCAACCGAUGCUGAGUGUGUUUGGCAGUUAGCAGGUGCAGGUCGCCAACUUAGUAUUUUCUCUGUAAAACGAUUAGUUAAAUGACAAUAAUUAGCUAAAACUUCAGUAAUUAGGCCUUAUUAAAAAACUAGGUGAGAAAACAGCAGCAAUGGAAAAAACUUUGUUCAGGUCUGACAUGUCACCACCUCAGACCUGUUCAACUUGUACAUCUGUGAAACUGCAAGUGACAUAAUUUCACCAAUAUGCGAUAUUUGCUAUAGCUUGAGCUCUUUGUAUGCUUUUUCAGUUACAACAGGAAGAUAACAAGUAAAACAAACACAGCAAGACAAACACAAAACAGAAAAUACAGUCAGGUCAUCAGCUGGCAGGUUGAAGUAGGAGAUGGAGUUUAGAUCAAAUGACAGCAAAAAGCCAAUUACAGUGAGUGCUGUAAAACACAUAGUAAUGUUCAUAAAACCAGAUCUGGAAUGUGUCAUAUCAGUUAAAUUUACAUCCGAUUAUUAAAAAUAAAAAAAUGUCUCUUACCAUAAAAUACCAUAAAAAGUUUUCUCAUCAUUGCACAUGUGUAUCACCAGAAAAAACAGUUCUGUAAAUCUCUUCUUUUCAUUUCAAGUAACUCUUGCCUGAAGGAUCACUAUUUACUUGAAAGGCUGCAUUUGAUUUUUCUGCUGUUCUAUUGAGGUUUACAAUGUUCAUCAUGAGUUAUGACCUUCACUUUCACUUGUCAGAUUGCCGUCAGUGCUCAGAGCGUAGCCUGUAACAAGUCAGAAAAAGCUGCCAUGUUUUGGUCUCAGUUUUUUACUGUUUUUCUGUUCUUUACUGCAAUGAAUCAUUCCUUUCCAUUGGUUUUUGAUUGCAUAUGCAAACUAAUAUUCCGCUGUGUUAAAGAAGGACAAAGUGGAUCUUUUAGAUCCAAAGAAAGCAUAAAAGUGGAACAUUUUAUGAGACCAGCAGUCUGACUGAAAAGCAUCAGCAACAUAAAUGCUUCACUGUUUUAAAACCUUACUGUUCACGUGAUACAGUAUAAAAUAUUGUUUGGUUUGGCCUGACUGUUCAUUAUUUGUGGCCUGUUCUAGUAAUGACUGUAUAUUUUGUAUAUUUGCUUAGUGUUUUUGCAUUUAUCUUAUAUGGUGUAUUUGUGCUCUGAAUGACUCUGAAUGGUGACUAAUUCACUUGGCCGAAAACCAAGCUGUCCCUGCCAUUAAAUGCAUCGGGAGAAUAUCUAGUCUUUACAGCUAUUCUUACAUACACAUAUCCACCCCCAAGCUGCAAAUAUCAAUCUGACUUUGAUUUGUCCUCUAGAGCUUUGCCAGCCCUCCCCAGAUACAGACUAUUGACUUCUCAUGAAUGCACCUAAACACAGCUAGCUCUGCUGUUGGCUGCUCUCUGAACUCCUUUGAAGACCACAACUAUUGAGGAUUCUUCAUUCACUGUGGAUCACAGGAUGAGGCCAAUUGAUUCAGCAGGCCUAGAUUUGGAGCCAUAGUUUCUUGAAUGUAAAUGAUCCUGGAGGGACUUUGGUGUUAUGACUGAAGCGCAGCUCCAUGUUUUACAACAGGGAGAGAAUGGAUGCAAAAAUUAGGAAAUAAACCACAUUUGACGUUAUAGGUUAUUUAUUGAGAAGCCUUGUCGUUUCUGUAUGAUGCAUAAUUUGUUUGUGUACUUAUACAUCUUAAUACAGUCUUUUAUUUUCAUACAUUUCAGAUUCACUUGUAAAAAGUGCAGUAUGUCAUUUUAAGUAUUCCUGGCUCUCAAAAGAUUUACAGCACAAAAAGUGUUUCAGUUCUAACAAAAAAGCAUUUUCAGAAGCCUUCAUCUAUGAAACCAGCUUUGUGCUUUCCCAUAAAUCUUCAGUGGCUACUUAUCCUGACUAAAUACAGCAGGACGUGCAGAUAUCAACCAAUAUUUCUGUUCCUUGAGGGCAAACCAGCUCACAUAUUAAUAUCUAAAAAGCAUCAGCACUUCUUCUGUGAUUCGUGCCUUACAUGGCAAUUCACUCUUUGUCCCCUAUUGACUGUAUCACCUUAAUGCUACUUUGCCUCAGGUUAUGAGCUGCACCAGCUCAAAUGGUUCAUUACCCCGUACUCUUAAGAUUUUUAUGAGAUGUGAUAUUGAUAGAUGACUGACCUCAGAACAUACAAAAUGUUAUUUCUUUAUCUAAUAAGUAACGUUUUCUUUGUUCUUAUUAUCAAUUAAGUAAUACAACAAUGCCAAAAUAAGUGUUUUCUCGGUUCAAACAUCAAUACAAUGAGCCAUGCAUAUGUUUCAUGCUCUUCUGGGAUUACCACCUGAAUUACAACAUGUAUUAGAUGUCUUAUGGUAAUACAUGUUAAACAGUGAUGCAUGGGUCUUUAGUGCUUUUCCAGAUUAGAAUAUUUUUUCAAUUGAAAACAGCUUUGUGAAAAAAAAACAUUCAUGUUUUAAUGGGAAACCAUCAUUUGUGCCACAGUGGUGCAAACAACAGUGAGCUGAAACACUGGAGACAAUAAGACCACAGUUCAUGGGCCAUCUUGCACUGCAGAUUAAAAAAAGCUGUGAAGAAUUCACUGAGCUGCUUAUUUCCCCUUAUCUAUGCUUGCACCAUUGUCAGAUAGAAUGAACAAGUCAUAGGUUUUACACCACACUGAUGUAUUUGAAAUUUCCCAUACGCACACACUCUCUCUCUCCUUCACCCAUCCACUGUUAAUCAGAACAAGGUUUACAGCCCAUAACCCUAAUAUGCAACUGGGUAACUGCAGGCUGUGUGGGUGAGAAGCAACCCAUGCAUCAUUAGUAAAUAUUUGAUUUCUUCAAAAGGAAGAAAGGGAUUUAUUGCAUGCUUACUUUUAUUGUUAAGCUGUGCUGUGCAGUCAUUUCUUUGGGUCUUAUGAUAUGCUAAUAUGCAAGCCUGCAUUUGCACAAACCUCUGUUCUUGUAGUUGAUGCUCUCUGUCUUGCAGUUAGGCAAAUAAAUCUCAUCAUUUAACUGAAA